CAUAAACGGUAUGUAGGGAAAAAAUAACUUUGAGAACACACAAUUCCGAAAAUUGAAAUGGAAGGAACAGAAAUGGACACUGAGGAGUUAAGUAGUAGAUUGUGUCGUCUGUGUAUGGCAAAUUGCAGCCUCGCUGAAAGCAGCUUCGAUGAUGAAAUGCAGGAUAAAAUAUUGGAAUGCCUGAACAUAUCGUUGAACAUGAAUGACGGUGAUUUACCAUCCUGUAUUUGUUCUUUGUGUGCCGGUAAAGUGGAAGAAUUCUUUGAAUUUCGACGCAAAUGCUGGGCCGUACAACAAGACAUCGCAGAACUGAUUCGGAAGCAUCACACCGAAGACCCCGAAAUGUCCCCGGAAUUGGAAACAUCGCAAGUAAAUAAUUCCGAUAUGGAUGGAGAAGAGAAAGAGCUACCUGGGACAAAUGUGAAUGUAACAAGCAUGGAAGUGCUUAUUGAGCUAGCUCCGACCAAUUCGUCCAACAGACGCCACGACAGCGGCCAAUGGAACCGUUCGCUGCAGAAUGCAAAAGAGGAAUGUUCAACAUGCGGCAAACUAGUCGAGAGGGUGAGAAUGGAUGGUCAUCGUAAUCGUCAUCUGGGCUUGGAACCGUACCAAUGUCUCCAGUCUGCCUGUGUCGCAAGGUUUGCGUGCAAAGUGGCGCUACGGUUGCAUCGGAACAAUGUACAUAGCGAAGCACAAUAUCCGUGCUCAAUGUGCGAUAGAGUAUUCACAUCGAAAAAGAAAUAUUACGACCACAAAAUGAAUGUACACUCAGGGAAGAGUUUUAGCUGUGACAUUUGUGGUGCACGUUUUGGUACAAAUAUCAAAUUGAAUCGUCAUAGCGUCAUCCACUCGAACGAACGUCCCUUCGGUUGCCAGUUAUGUCCCAAGACCUUUUAUCGCAACUCUAAUCUUAAAGUGCAUAUGCGUUCACAUACCAAAGAAAAGCCGUUUGUCUGUCCGUUGUGUUCUAAAUCAUUCGGCUACUCAAGGCUCGUCAAAGAGCAUCUAAUGCGUGUCCAUGGCGAAACUGGGACAGAAGGAUAUAUCGCAGAAGCGCCAGUCGUGUAGGAAGGUUAUGCUGUUUCGGGGUAACAAGAAUUCAGAAUAGUUUUAUGUUUAUUGCCCAAAAUCUAUACAAAUAAAUUUCAUAAAAACGG